AUGUGUCAGGGCACACACGUUGAUGAGGGUGACAGGGCCUGUGGUGGUGUUGAGGUAGAGAGUAAGGAGUCCCUUGGAGCCAUUGCUUAUUCAGCAGGUUGUUCCUCACUGCAAAGCCCACUCUGUGUUGGCAUGGUUUGUCGGAGCUCUUCCUCUGCCAGAAGACUGUAUAGUCCUUCUCCUUCAACGAUCCAGAGUGAUCGCUAUGACGAGGAUGUUCGUCCUAAUCAGGGGUCAACUUCAUCAUCCCAAAUUGGCAGGUUAGAUGAUAUUGAUGAAUGGGAUAGAGGCAAGAAGUCAGUUGCAAGUGAAGCAAUAGAUAAAGUAAAGGAUCUUUGGUACCGAGCACAUGGCAAGAAAAAUAUAGAUGAUGUAAUAGACUAUAGGGAUCAAAGGAAUUCCCAGUGGAACAAGAGGGACCCAGAUUGUUUGCAUAUCUCAAGCAGUGAUGAUUAUGAGAAUAGAUAUGAAGAUAAGGAAAAAUCUCCUCGUGAUCGCAAAGACUAUGAAUUUAAAGAUGAAGAUGAAGAAUACACUUCAGUGGAACGCACUCAAACAACUCACACAGAAAAAAUAACAACCAAUAUUCGUACAACCCGUAGUGGCAAAAAAUUAGACUUGGGUGCUGCAGCCAUGUAUGGAAAGGAAGCUAACCAGCAAAGUUCCAAUGCCACUAACUCUACUGAUGUUGCUGGGGGCAGCAGUCUGAUUGACACAAGUUUCCCUAACCCUGGAGAUUUAUUUGCAGACUUUAGUGACUUUAAAUCAUCUUCAAGUACAACCAAUGGCUUGUUUGCUGAACCUCUUUCUGCAUCUACAAAUGCCUCGGCUGGAGACUUUGGAGAGUUUGCUGCAUUCCAAGGAGCACCAGGGGCUGGUGGAACAUCACCUUCAUCACAAGGUAACUUUGCUGACUUCUCCAAAAUGAAUUCUACCACUACUCCAACUAAUUCAAGUGCAGCUGCACCGGCACCUGCACCCCCUGCUGAUUUGUUUGAUGUCUUCUCAGCUGCUGGUUCCAGUACUGUAGGAGCUAUUCCUCCACUCCAACCUUCAUCAACUACUUCCACUCCACUGAGCCCUGCUGGACCUAUGGCUUCUCAACUCACUGGAUCAGCCAUUAGCAUGCAAGCUAUGAGUGGAAUGAGCAUGGGAGCAAGUACAGUGCCAAUGCAAGGAAUUGGUUUAAUGCCACAGCAGGCAAUGAUGUUCCAGGCCAACAUGAUGUCUCCCCAGUCAGCAACAACCAUGAUGUCCCCUACUGGAAUGCCAUCUACCAUGAUACCCAAUGCUGCACAGUCUAUGCCUAUGUCUAACCCUGGCAUCCCAUUCUCCACUCCUACUGCUGUUAACCCUAUCCCUUCUAUGACCAUGCCUAUGUCUAUGGGACAGACUCAUUCUGCCAAUACCUGGUCAGAAUCUGGUGGCCUUAAUAUAAGUCUGGAUACAUUAAACCCAGGUACACGUUUUUCUAAAUCGACUGCUCCUACAAUCAACCAAUUACAACAGCAACAAGGUCUCAUACCAAAAGGCAUGCCUGCUGCUCAAAAUGCUGGUCAGUUCAUGAGUCCAACACAGUCCGGAACAACUGGCCUUAACCAAAGAAUGGGAAGUCUUAAUUUGGGUACACCAGUCAUGCAGCAACAGAACCCAUCUGGUUCCAUGGUUGGUACUCCUGCAGGAAUGACUGGCACUGGCUUACAAACAGGAAUAUCUAUGCAGUCAACAAUGGUUGGAUCGUCUUCAUUCCAGCAACGAACAAAUCAAGCCUUCACCUAUACUCUCUCUCUCUCGCUCUCUCACACAGUAGAUGGGCUCUAUCUCUCUUUCUCUCUCUUACAACAGCUCAUCCUUCCUCAACUACCCUUUCCAUAUCUAACCACAUUUCUCUCUCUCUCUCUCUCUCUCUCUCUCUCUCUCUCUCUCUCUCUGACUUUGUUCUUUCUUUUCCUACUGCCUCUCUAUCUCUGUUUUUCAUUCUACAACAAUUUCCCUGCUUUUCUAUCGCAUUUAUCACUCUCUCUUUCUCUAUUUUUCUAUCUCUUUUAUCACUCUCUCCCUAUUGCUUUUCUAUGUCUUUUUUUUCAUUCUCUCUCUUUCCCUACUGCUUUUCUAUAUCAUUUCUCUCUCCCUCUCUACUGCUAUUCUAUCUCUCUCUACUGCUAUUCUAUCUCUCUCUACUGCUAUAUCUAUUUUCCUGACUAUUCUCUUCUAUCUCUCUACUGCUAUUCUUUCUCUCUCUUUUACUCAUUUUCUCUCUAUCUACUUCUUUUAUAUUUCUCUCUCCUUUAUUACUGCUUUUCUAUCUCUAAUAUCCAAUCUUUUCAAUCUCUUUUCUUUUUUUCUUCCUCUACUUCCCCCUCUAUUCCAUAUCUCUCUCUUCCCUGGCGACCCCCCCCCCCUCUCUACUUCCCCCUCUCCCCUACUUCCCCCCCUCUCCUUCCCCCUACUUCCGAUAAACUCUCCACCCACUACUUUUUUUCUCUUGCACUCUCUGUGUGGGGGGGGGCGCAGACAGAAUAG